AUGGAAUUUGAGGGCAACAGUUGGAUUUGGGAUGGGGUAUAUUACCACCCACAUCUAUUUGGUGGUAUAAUGCUCACUGCCGCCUUGCUUGGGUUGUCAACAAGCUAUUUUGGUGGGAUUAGUGUUCCCACUUUUCCGUACUUCUUCCCUGAUUUGAGGAUUUUUCAAAAGAAGAAACGUGCAAAGAAACGUGUUCGGGUUUACAUGGAUGGAUGUUUUGAUCUCAUGCAUUAUGGCCAUGCUAAUGCUUUGAGGCAAGCCAAGGCUUUGGGAGAUGAAUUGGUGGUUGGAGUUGUGAGUGAUGAAGAGAUACUGGCCAAUAAGGGUCCCCCUGUUUUAUCUAUGGAGGAAAGGUGUUGUACCUGUGGAUCUGGUCUACUUGUGUUAUGUUGGGUUGGUGACUUCGUCUGCUAG